AUGCCACACUAUGACUUUAAAUUCAGAGAAUGUAACGAGGAAAUACUAUGUCACAUGUUUAAUAAUCGACCAUUUAGGGGUUCUCACUGCUCGUAUUGUAACAAUUGUGUUGACAAAUUUGAUCAUCAUUGCCCUUGGAAUUACAGGUCGUACUUCUUCCUUCUUUUUUGGAGUUUAAUGUAUUUGGCGUAUAUCAUGGCGUGUUCUUUGGCGGGAAUUUUAGUUCCAAUUGAAAAUCCAUGGAGCUGGAAGGCGUUUUUGAAGUCUUGGAAAUCGUAA